AUGCGAAAUCGAUUCCUCGCCGCCGCCGCCGGCUCCGUUCAGCCCUUAGACUGCAUCCGCCUCCCUCUCCCUCACCACCCGCCGCCAAAUAACGUCUCAUUCUCCCAAGAUUUUCUCCACUCCUUCCAUGACAUUCCUGUUCUCAGCAUUCCUUGCAAAGUCGACAAGCUUCAAACGGAUAACGCUCUGUCUAAGUUCUUCUCCGACGUCCUUCCACAUGUCAUGAUGAAGUCAACUUCGCGGAACAGGAGAUCGGACCAUCGAGAUGGAUAUCUCACUGCUUCGAAAAGUGCUAUCAAAUCCCAGGUGGUGGACUUGAUUAUUCUCUCCCAGAGUUUGCUUGCUGAGUGUACUAUCUAUGGUAAAUGCUUAGAAGUUUUUGUUUAUGUCUCCAGGCAUAGUCUUUCUUUUACCCUCGAGAGUUGCAUCCAGGACGGUUCUACCAGCAUUAUUGUUGCUCAUAGGGCUCAAUGCUUUAGACAUUUCCACAACCUGGAUGACAUGUCUACCUUCCUUGAAGAUACGCCCACUUCUGACCUUAGUUUACCUAAUCUUCUUAAGAUUCAACAAUCAGUUUAUUCAGUCGAUGACAUCAGUUUAGAAUAUGCCAUGGAAUAA